AUAUGCAUCAUUCCAUCUGGAUUGAAUUCGUGAAGGAAAACGCGGCCCUGAAGGAAGGGAUCCAAUGACUUUUACCCUCUUCCAUCAUAACGGGAUCACCUGUGUUUUUGGCUUUUGACAAAAUAGCGCUCUUCGAAUACGCCAUCCUCAAGACCAUUCCACUGAACACUACCAUUGACACUCUCUGUCAUUCAUACAUCACUAGAAGAUGUCAUUGCGCAAAUUGAGUGGGGCAGCAGCAGGUGGCUCGCGUGAGUCAUAUGCAACGACGAGUGUUGCACCCAAUACAUCCUCAUCAUCAUCAGCAGUAGCAGGAACGGGAGGAGCAAAGAAUGCAUAUUCUACACAUUUGGCCAUUCAAUCAGAUGCGGCAAAAUAUCGUGGAAAGUAUAAAGAGCUCAAGAAAAAAGUACGUCAAAUCGAAACGGAAAAUGAUCGAUUACACGUAAAGACACUACGAGUAAAGAGAAACAUUCAAAGGAUGCGUUUGGAACGUGCAAUCUUGUACGAACGUUUGGAAGCUGAAUUACAGGAGAAUGGGGUUGCACAAAUGCCGGUCGAUGAACCGAUGAAUGCGGUCGAAGAAACUCAUCAACCUACCGUAACCACACACGCUCAAACUUCAACCCGUGACUUUGAUACACCUUCGCCACCUGUUGGUGCUGCUGCCGACAGCACUCAAGCCCGUCAAGAAGGUGAGAAUUCCAGUGGAGGACGAGCAAGACGCAAUUUGGAUUAUAGUCCAAGUCCGGAAGAACAACAGAUUGCACCUGAAUCAAACGGAAAGGCAACAGCUAGUAAUAGCUCGCCGGUUGAACAACCAGCCACACCUGCUCCUGCUGCCGUCAAACCUGAAUCAGGUCGUUCUAGCAUGAAGAUCACACUUAAACGGCAUAGCAAUGCAAAUAAUGGAGGAAAAUAAAUGUCUAUCUCUCAAUCUUCUCAUCACAGUCUCUUUCCUUCUCUUGUCAAUUUAAUGUAAUGGUAUUCAUCUUUCAAGCACUUGUCUAUGCAUGGUACAAUAAUUCUUUAGACAAUCUUAUUGCGUGUGUUACUGCUACAGAAUUCUGCGUCUUCAAAUCUCAUUUUGACUCUU